AUGCCAACGCGAAAAGUCAACGACGUAGAUCGCCACGUCUCUGUGCAAGAUAAUCUAUCGCAGCUAUUAUCAGAGGUAUGCAAGCGUCGUUUCGGCAUCACUGGGUGGGUGAAUAGCUCAGAUAAUGCAAAGCCGUGCUACCACUGGUCUGCCGGGGAUUUAGUCAGGAGCACGCGUGACUGUAUUGACAUUGAUGCACUUCAACUUGGCCGUGCGGUUGAGGCGUACAACAGGGGUUGUAUCUUUCCCGUCGUAGAGAGAGGCCAUCCGCCCCAACUACGGAUGGUUACACGCAUCCGGGAUAAGACUCUAGAUGAACUCAGUCGAUUGUUCGAGGAACUGUUAGAGGCAGGCGAUGUCGACCCCAGCUCUCCAGUUGCGAGCAUCACACCCGAAAUCGGACAAUCUCGCAUGUUUUCGCGUUCCGCGACACGACAAGCCGAGCAAGACGCUGCAAGAGAUCUGGCAGCACAGUCACGAGGAUGUCGUUAUCUGCAGCUACUAGCUAGGAAAUAUCCACGAACAGCGGAUGAGCGGGAAAGGCUCCGGAGAUAUUUCCGACGGCGUGGCCGUGUACGAGCUGGCAAGGCUGUUGCCAAUACGGAUUCGAUCCAUUCAGGCGACACGAGUUUAACCGCGCAGACAGAUGAAACGGAUGGGUCGUGGAGGCCACAAAAACGUUUGAGAAAGGCAGUCAGAGAUCAGAUGACAGCCAAGCUAGAGUAA